GUCUUUCUCAUCCAUCUCACGAUGUCCACUAUCAGAUUCGGCCCUCGCGACCUGCUCGAAUACGACGCGCGCUAUGGAGUGUUGAUCUGUCGCGAAUGCCGAUACGCAAUCCAGAAAAGCGCCGUGGAAAGCCACCUGCUGCGACAUAAAAUCUACCGCUCCGAACGACAUGACUUGCUGUGCCAGAUUGCCCCCCUGCAGCUGUUGGAGCCCCACCAGGUCCCUCUGCCUGCUGCAACGGCCUCGCCAAUUGAGGCGCUCCCCGUCAUCUCGGGAUAUCGCUGCACAUCGGCGGGAUGUGGAUGUCUGUAUGCCAGUUCCAAACGCAUGAAACGCCAUCAGAAUGUGACCCAUGGCCGUGACGAUACCAACCAUUUUCUCUCCAAUGCUCAUCCAGCCAACCUUCAGACAUUCUUCCGUGGGACAAAACUUCGGUAUUUUGAAGUGAACGGUCAGGUCACUGGCGAUCCCGAUCCCACCAUUCAUAUAUCCGACAAAAGCGAGCCCGAUCAAAGCAUAGUCAUGCCACCGCGCAGUCCUCCCUUGUCCUUUCCUCUCGAUUUUGAUCUCGACACGCUGACGUACUUUCACCAUUUUGUCACCGCGACCAGUCUUAUGCUUCCGCGUCCCAAAGGUCGGGGGUCCGUUCAGGGAUACUGGCAAACAGACUUCGUUCGCCGUGCUCUUCAGGACCAAUGGCUGAUGUGUGGUUUGCUGGCUCUUUCUGCCAGCCACAUGGCCUCUGAAAUAGAGGAUGCAGCCAUUGCUCGCGUCCACCGCGAUCGGUCAGUUCAUUUCUUCGCAGCGUUCUCUGCGGAAUGGGAUGCGACGAGCGAAACAGCCGACCUCCCCGGAGAGAUCGGAUCAGCCGCUAGGCAGAUAAUCGGUGUCUUGCGUUGUGUACACUGGGGAUGGUCAGAGUCCAUACGGGACGCGUCAAAUGUGUCUGAGACAACAGACCUGCCGCAACUGCAAUCAAUCCUGACCACCGUUCGCGGCUUCGCGGAUUCUGAUCUUACGCUGUGUGUCGACAAAAGCCCCGGAAUCACGGCUGAUUGCCUACAGACGCUCCCCUCUCGCAUGGCAGACUUUUUCGGAAAGCCGGACGAUGUUCGUGACGUUCUGGCUACGCUGUCGGCUAUCGCUGCGCUCGUGGACUGCUGUGAUAUGGUGCUGGCUUCUACGGCUUCGGCCUGGGACGCGACGACUGACUGGUUGAACAAGGUGCCAGAUCACUUCAACGACUUGGUCUUGCGUGGUGACUCGGCUGCUCUCGUCGUGGUAGCUCACUGGGCAGCAUUGUUGGUCCGGCUUGUCGAGCGGUCUGGUUGUUGGUUUUUUGGUGGCUUGUCAACAUUGAUUUCACGGUUGUCUGGUGGAGGAUCAGAAUCGUUACUCUGUCCCGCUUCUCUGUUUGAAUAUAUAGCAUAAGUGACUUUGUGCUUGAUGGUCUGAGCUGCAUACCGCAACGUGCUCUCAAACUCGCAAUG